AUGUGGGUGAUGGUGACGGCCCAGCCAGCCAUGCAGAAAGCUCCAGAGGAGGAGCUUGGCGAGCCCUGCGCUGGAAGUCCCUUCUCUUCUCUGUCUCUGGCGUGGGCUCCUCUGAUGCAACACCAUUCAGCUGAGGGCCCUGCGGGCACCCCGAGCCACAGCCCACGUCAGCAGCUCCUCGCUGACCAGAGCGUCUCAGAGCAGCCAGCCUGUGACUCCCGGAAGGUCACGGUCGGGUCAAGGGAGUUUGCCCGUUGGAAGGUGAGGAACACAGCCAUCGAGAGGAGAGACCUGGUCCGUCACCCAGUGCCCCUCAUGCCGGAGUUUCAAAGGAGCAUCCGCCUGCUUGGCAGGAGACCCACCACUCAGCAGUUCAUCGAUACCAUCAUCAAAAAGUACGGCACCCACCUCCUCAUCUCAGCUACCUUGGGAGGGGAGGAGGCCUUGACCAUGUACAUGGAUAAAAGUCGCCUGGACAGGAAGUCAGGGAAUGCCACUCAAAGUGUUGAAGCUCUGCACCAGCUUGCAUCGUCCUACUUUGUCGACCGCGAUGGCACCAUGAGGAGGCUCCAUGAGAUCCAGAUAUCAACUGGAGCAAUCAAGGUCACAGAGACACGCACUGGGCCUCUGGGCUGUAACAGCUAUGACAAUCUGGACUCUGUGAGUUCCGUCCUUCUGCAAAGCACGGAGAGCAAACUGCACCUUCAAGGUCUUCAGAUCAUCUUCCCUCAGUAUCUGCAAGAGAAGUUUGUCCAGUCAGCCUUGAGCUACAUCAUGUGCAACGGUGAGGGGGAGUACGUGUGCCAGGACAGCCAGUGUAGAUGCCAGUGUGCAGAGGAGUUCCCGCAGUGCAACUGCCCCAUCACCGACAUCCAGAUCAUGGAGUACACGCUGGCCAACAUGGCCAAGUCUUGGGCCGAAGCUUACAAGGACUUGGAGAAUUCAGAUGAGUUUAAAUCAUUCAUGAAGCGUCUCCCCAGCAACCACUUCCUGACCAUCGGGAGCAUCCAUCAGCACUGGGGCAACGACUGGGACCUGCAGAACCGCUACAAGCUCCUGCAGAGCGCCACGGAGGCCCAGAGGCAGAAGAUCCAGCGCACGGCCCGCAAGCUCUUCGGCCUCAGCGUCCGCUGCCGCCACAAUCCCAACCACCAGCUGCCUCGAGAGAGGACAAUUCAGCAGUGGCUUGCAAGGGUCCAGUCGCUUCUCUACUGCAAUGAGAAUGGGUUUUGGGGGACCUUCCUGGAGAGCCAAAGGAGCUGCGUGUGCCACGGUAGCACCACGCUGUGCCAGCGCCCCAUCCCCUGCAUCAUCGGAGGGAACAACAGCUGCGCCAUGUGCAGCCUGGCCAACAUCUCGCUCUGCGGCUCCUGCAACAAGGGCUACAAGCUGUACCGAGGCCGCUGCGAACCCCAGAACGUGGACUCGGAGAGGAGUGAGCAGUUCAUCAGCUUCGAGACCGACCUGGACUUCCAGGACCUGGAGCUGAAGUACCUGUUGCAGAAGAUGGACUCGCGCCUCUACGUCCACACCACCUUCAUCAGCAACGAGAUCCGUCUCGACACCUUCUUUGACCCCCGGUGGCGUAAGCGCAUGUCCCUCACUCUCAAGAGCAACAAGAACCGCAUGGACUUCAUCCACAUGGUGAUCGGCAUGUCCAUGCGUAUCUGCCAGAUGCGCAACAGCAGCCUGGACCCCAUGUUCUUUGUCUACGUCAACCCCUUCAGCGGGAGCCACUCGGAGGGCUGGAACAUGCCCUUUGGGGAAUUCGGCUACCCGCGUUGGGAGAAGAUCCGCCUCCAGAACAGCCAGUGCUACAACUGGACGCUCCUGCUGGGCAACCGGUGGAAAACGUUUUUCGAGACAGUCCACAUCUACCUACGCAGUCGGACUCGGCUACCCACCCUCCUGCGGAAUGAGACUGGCCAGGGCCCCGUGGACCUGUCCGACCCCUCCAAGAGGCAGUUCUACAUCAAGAUCUCGGAUGUGCAGGUGUUUGGGUACAGCCUGAGGUUCAACGCCGACCUCCUUCGCAGCGCGGUGCAGCAGGUCAACCAGUCCUACACACAAGGCGGCCAGUUCUACUCCUCCUCGUCCGUGAUGCUCCUCUUGUUGGAUAUUCGGGACCGAAUCAACCGCCUGGCCCCGCCUGUGGCCCCAGGGAAACCCCAGCUGGACUUGUUCUCGUGUAUGCUGAAACACCGCCUGAAACUGACCAACAGCGAGAUCAUCAGGGUGAACCACGCCUUGGACCUCUACAACACCGAGAUCCUCAAACAGUCGGAUCAGAUGACAGCCAAACUCUGUUAACCUGGACCCUUUGCCAUGGACGUUCCCUUUUGUUGUACAAACCUAACAGAAGCAAGCAAAGCAAAACAAACAACAAUUUGUAAAAUGUAAUUAAUAUUCAAAGGAAAGGAGGAAAGUCUUCGUUCGUGGGAAACCGAAAACGUUCUAGCAACUGUAUCAAUGUUGGGCAUGUUUGUUAUUUCUAUACUCUGUCAUGAAGAAGGGUCUCCGCCUUGGGAGGAGCUCGGAGGGAGUGGCUUCUUAGGCUGUAUUGAGGGGGAGAUGGGGGAGAGCAUAUGCAAUGAAUUGUAAAGAUCUCUGCUGUGCAGGUGCUAAGAUGAAACACGAAACAGAAAGAGAGUUAUAUGUAAUGUACAACCGACACUGCCAUUUUUCCUUGUGGGAGGAAAUGGACACAGAUAAAGAAGAUAUUUCUUCGGUUAUGAUUUCUUCC